AAAUCAUUUCGAAACGUGCAGCGCAGCAAUUCGGGCGGACCCGCCGAGAGACCGUUUCCAACAAGUUCAAGUUUGCACGCGUUCAUUCGCGAAUAGUACGAAUAGACGAAUAGUAUAUAGACGACAAGACAGAAAGUCGUUAAAAGGCAAAAGAGAAACAUAAAAAAGUCUUACAUAUAAAAGCGACAACAAACGUUGCGUUCUUUCUGUCAUUUUUGUGCCUUUGUUUCUUUGUACUGUGCGUUUCUCCUCUGCUCUCUGUGUCUCUCUCUCCCGUUUGUUUUUUUUGUUUUUUUUUUUAUCGACGCGUUCGUUCUCUUUACCCUCCAGUGCGUGUGUCCGUGUGUGUGUGUUUGUGUAUGUUAUUCUUGCCAAAAAGCCGACAACCUUCGCCCCCGCAUACAGCAGCUACCGCGCCUGCUGCAGCCAGAUCGAUCAGUGAAGGGACCCACUAACUGGCUGACUAUCUUUCCGCCCAAUCAAUGAACCACUGACACAACAUUGAAGUACCCCGCCCCCCGCUCCGGAACAGUGGAAAAUUUUUGGACACCACUCGCGAAACUAAAGCUGCGACGUCAUCAGCGGUUGUCGCUUCCAAUUGUUGCUGUUGCUUUUUGUUGUGGCCGAAUAAAAGGCCGUUAUCCAACGUUGCACCGAAUGCCGAGACUCCUGGAGCAUCCACAGUGGCCCCAUCAGAUCUCCCACAACAACAGCUCGAUGCCCGAUUACUGUCUGAUCAUCAAAUAAGCAGAGCCACACAUCCAAGAAGAUCCUGAAAUUGGAUUGAUUAUCCUCUUUUUUUGUUUUCGAGCAGCUAGGGAAGCAGAGCACUCUCCCACUCAAAAUGAGUUUCAGCUCGGCCAGCGGCAGGGAGAACAAUGUUCGCAAGUUGUCCUUCCUGGGUUUCAACACCAAAAAGAAGUCCGGCGGCAAUGAGGAUCCCGAUGAAGUGCUGUUGGACUCGGAAAUGGACAAGGUCUUUGCCGGCACCAGUGCACGCAAAGAUAAGUUCGACGUGAAUACCUUUCAGGACAACACGCAGCUGCCCACUGCAUCCCGCAAGAAGAAUAGCAUUCGCACAAAUGAUCUAAACAUUGAGGAGGACUCGGAGUACGAGAGCCAAACGGAGCCACUGAAUAAUGCACAAAACUAUGAUGACAUCCCCGAGGACUUCCCAUUAGUUUCGGAGCGUGCCGGACACGGCGAUCACUCGGACAAUUCGGCGGAGGAGAAGCACGUUCAGUUCGGUGGCGCCGCUGGCAAGAAGAAGAUUGUCAUCACGCCGCCGAGUCUGAGCUAUGAUGAUCAGCCCACGGACCAAUCGCACGAACGAAAACGCAGAAAAAGCCGCCAUCAGUAUUAUAGGCAGCGUAAAUUCUCACAUCAGGACAGCGUGGAACCCAAAAAGACCAUCGAGGAGAACGGUGAUGCAGGUGCGCGUCGCAUCUCUGUGCAGCCUGAGGACACGGCAUUGGAGACAAAUGGCCAAAUGCCGGCUAAACAGGAGGCUGAUCUCAACGAGCUGAGAUCCCAUCGUUCGGACGAUCCGCGUGCACUGCGGCGUCACAAGAUCCAUCAUUCAUCCAUCAAGCUGCGCGAGCUGCCGCAGAUUACCAUUUCGCCCUUCACCAACAAGAAGCCCGAGGUGGAUCACAGUCCCCAUGAGAUCUUUGUGCAGCUGGACGAGCUCACAGGCGUGGGCGAGGAUCGGGAGUGGAAGGAGACUGCGCGCUGGAUCAAGUAUGAGGAGGAUGUGGAGGAGGGCUCCGAUCGCUGGGGCAAGCCCCAUGUUGCCUCCCUCUCAUUCCAUUCGCUGCUCAAUUUGCGUCGCUGCCUGGAAACGGGCGUUGUGCUGCUGGACCUCAACGAGAAGGAUCUGCCCGCAGUGGCCUAUCGUGUGGUAGAGCAGAUGGUGAUUGAGGACCUCAUCGACAUCAAUGACAAGCCCUCGGUGAUGCGAUCGCUGCUCCUGCGGCAUCGGCAUGUCAACGAGCACCAGGGAGUACUGCCCUUCACCAAGCGCAAAUACAACAGCUACACCAGUCUGCAGCAACUUAUACCCAAAUCGUUUCUCUGGAUGGGUGCCGAUGUCCAGCAGCAGAGUCUCCAGCAGCAGCAGACACGUAACCUGGCCAAGGCCAGACGGAGCAUAUGCGUCACCUCCAGUGCCCCUCCGGCAGCGGCAGCGGCGGCAACGACACUCAAUGUGGGCUCGCCCGCGGGCAUUGCGUCGUCCAUCGAUCACCGGCGACACUCGACGAUGUCCUAUCUGGGUAACCUAUCGGGUGGAACCGAUGACAAGAAGAUCAAGAUAAUGCCAGCCGCCGAUAUCGGAGGGAGCAAGCGCAGCAAUGAGUUGAAGAUCGACAUGAAGGACGACCUGUACUCGUCGUCGCAGGAGGAUCUCAAGAAGCUGCAGAAUGACACUAUUCUGAGGCGCAUUCCAGCUGGAGCCGAGGCCACCACUGUUUUGGUGGGAGCCGUUGAGUUCUUGGAUCAGCCGACAAUCGCCUUUGUCCGUCUGUCGGAGGGCGUCAUGAUGCCCACCCUGACGGAGGUGCCGGUGCCCGUGAGAUUCAUGUUCGUGCUGCUAGGACCGCGCAACUUUGACUUGGACUACCAUGAGGUGGGUCGCUCUAUCUCCACGUUGAUGGCCAACGAGCACUUCCAUGCCAUUGCCUACAAGGCGGACGACCGCAAGGAUCUGCUCUCGGCCAUCAAUGAGUUCCUUGACGAUUCGAUUGUGCUACCGCCCGGCAACUGGGAUCGCCACGAUCUGCUGCCGUUCGAGGAGCUAAAGGCCAAGAAGGACUGGAUUCGGACGCGCAAGAUCAAGGCGCUGCAGGUGAAGCGCGACAGCGAGAUGAUCAAGAUCGGCAAGGACGAGGAGAAGGCCCUGCUCGAGAAGCAGUCGCUGGGCGCCAUGGGAAUGGGCCCCGGUGGCGAUGGCGGUGAUGGUGGCGGUGGUGGUGGCGGCGACGAUGACGACGACGAUGGACACAAGAAGAAGCAGCCCAAUCCCAUGGAAAAGACCCACCGCCUGUGGGGUGGCCUACGGAACGAUCUGAAGCGACGCAUGCCCAUGUACAAGAGCGACAUCCUCGACGGGCUCAACACGGAGACCCUGGCGGCCACCAUCUUCAUGUACUUUGCCUGCCUCUCCACGGCCAUCACGUUCGGUGGCUUGGUGUCGGACAAGACGAAGAGCUGGAUCGGUAUCUCUGAGACACUGAUCUCGUGCUCCUUUGUGGGCAUCGUCUUUCAUUGUCUCUCCUGCCAGCCACUGGUGAUUAUCGGCACCACGGGGCCGUUGCUUUUGUUCGACGAAGCCCUGAUGGUCUUUUGCACCCAGAACGACUUCGACUUCCUUUCGCUGCGUGUCUAUGUCGGCAUCUGGCUGAUCAUCAUCGCUCUCUGCGUGUCGGCCUUCGAGGGCAGUGUCUAUGUGCGUCUGCUCACCCGCUUCACCCAGGAGAUAUUCUCGGCCUUGAUCACCCUCAUCUACAUCGUGGAGACAAUGAUGAAGCUGGUUUCGAUCUACCAGCAGAACCCCCUGCUCGCCGACUACAACCUGCCGCCGCCGACGCUCGUCGCCCACGACCAGGAUCAGAACGGAACGCACUUCAACAUGAGCGCCACUCUGUUGAAUGCGACGACCACGGCGUCGCCAGUGGGCACCUCGAAGCUGCCCACUAAUCAGCCGAACACCGCCCUCUUCUGCACCAUCCUCACCCUGGCCACCUUCGUUGUGGCCUACUACCUGAAGCUCUUCCGCAACUCCCACUUCCUGGGCCGCAAUGCACGCCGUGCCCUCGGCGACUUUGGGGUGCCCAUCUCAAUUGCCAUUUUCGUGCUAGUCGAUUACCUAGUGCCCUCCGUCUACACCGAGAAGCUGGUGGUGCCCGCGGGCCUUUCGCCCAGCGCUCCCCAGCUGCGCGGCUGGUACAUCGGCUUCAAUGCCACCUCCACGUGGGUGCCCUUUGCCUGUGUGGUGCCCGCCCUGCUCGUCUACAUCCUCAUCUUCAUGGAGUCGCAGAUAUCGGAGCUGAUUGUGGACAAGCCCGAGCGUGGACUGAAGAAGGGCUCCGGCCUCCACUGGGACAUUGUCCUGCUGUGCCUGCUCAACACCUUCUGCGGACUAUUUGGUAUGCCCUGGCACUGUGCAGCUACUGUACGCUCCGUAACGCACGUCUCCUCGGUCACGAUCAUGUCACGCACCCAUGCUCCUGGUGAAUCGCCCAGGAUCAUUGAUGUGAAGGAGCAGCGUCUGUCUGGCUUCUUUGUGUGCGUCAUGAUCGGUCUGUCGGUGCUGAUGGCACCGCUUUUGCGACUCAUCCCCAUGGCCGUGCUCUUUGGAGUAUUCCUGUACAUGGGUGUGGCCUCCAUGAGUGGCGUUCAGCUGUUCGAACGCAUACGAUUGUAUUUUAUGCCAGUGAAGCACUAUCCUCCAACGCCGUAUGUGAAGCGUGUGCGUCCCUGGAAGCUGCAUCUGUUCACCACCAUACAGGUGCUGUGUCUGGCCGUGCUGUGGACGGUCAAGUCCUCGAGAUUCUCGCUGGCCUUCCCCUUCUUCCUGAUCAUGAUGGUGCCCAUACGCCAGCGUUUGGUGGCCCUCUACAAACCAGAGGAGUUGCAAGCAUUGGAUGGCCAAGAGGCAAAGAACGACGAGGAUGAGCCCGAUUUCUACGAACAAGCCACAAUACCAGCCUAGAUGGACCUCUCCACUGGGCCUCCAUGAAGGCACACAAAGAAACUUAAUUAGUGAAUAUUAGAUUGAAAGUAUUAAAGCCCCAAAAAACAUACACACAAAUAGGAAAAUCAACAACAAUACAAACAGCAUAAUUCCUGGUAUAAAUGCGUUAACGAACUACCUACAAUUAGUAUUUAGAGACACAAAACACCUGAACCAAUCCCACCCCCCUCGGAAACGAUAUGCCAACCAUAUUUAUGGGGUGAUUGUGACUUUGUGAUUGUAAAUGGUUGAAGCCGGGUAAGAGAAAAUUCGUCGCAGAAAUGUUGUACCUUAAUUGUAGCAGGAAUCAAGAAACAAAUUUAUAAUAUUUAUAGGGCAUAUUUUUGAGCGCUUACAUUUGCUCCUUUGCUCCUUUGGCCGCGGCAACAAAUUACUUGAAUUCAGGAAUACUGUAGUAUCCUAAACAACUGCCCCCACAGAAAGAGCUGUUACGUCUUUUGGGUGGGGUGUGGGGAACACACACAAAUUUGCAUCACAAACAAAAGAAAAAUAAUUUAUUUAGCUGGAUUUUCGCAUGUAUUAUUAGCAAUAAUUGCGUUUGCAUGUACCUACAAAACUAUCGUAAAUCGGUGGGAAAGUCGGAAGAUUGUUUUUGGGGGAAACCUAAAGGAAACUUAUCAACUAUUUAGCUUCAAACUGAUGUAGUGAUAAUUAGUGUCAAACACACACAAAACAAAAACAAAAGAGAAACAAAAACAAAAAACAAGAAACAUAAGCUCUACCCUAACUGUACCCUAAUUCUAAACAAAAAGAGAGACAAUUUGUUUAUAACAAAUUCGUUGUAUGUCCUUCGUCUAGCGCACACUUUUAAAGUGGAUGAUGCUCCGUUGCGACAAAGCCGCUGUAAGUUUUGCCUUCUUUGUAUUUGUAACCAAGAAAAACACACAAAAAAAACACACACACACACACACUGUACUUAUACAUGACUAUACUAUAUACUACAUGCAUAUACUAUACCCUACUAUGCUAUAUAGAUAUAUAGUUCGUUUCAAGGAAUAUUCGUUUGAAGAGCCUUUAUCUAAAACUAAAAAAAAAACUAUUUUUAUGUAACUCAGAAGUGUGUACUUAUACGUGUACUUACUGUUAAGUAGUUGUUGUCUAGUAUUGUUUAUUCAAAUUCAAAUAAAAACCACAAAAAUUAA